AUGACGCAAUGUGACCUUUGUGAGUCUAUUGAGGUAGAGGUACACUGCGAUUCUUGUCUUGUCAAUCUGUGUAAGGCUUGUGUUGGAGUACAUAUGAUCUCUGAUGAAUGCACGGACCACAAACUCAUCAAAUAUCAGUCAAGGAAACCUACUCGUCUCUACCCUGAAUCAAUAACAGAACAUGCUAGGGUCUGGCACACAGAAAUUGAAAAACAUUCAUUAAAAUUUCAAGCCAAAGUUGAAAAGAUGAAGAGCACAAAAUUACAGGCGCUACAGAAACAUCUGGAUGAAAUAAACAAAAACAUAUCUGACCUAAGGAAUGAUAUCAAAUCAAUUGAAAGGACUAUAGAUGCUAAUGACAUGUCAAAACUAUUAAGGGUCACCUCUAAUGUUCACCUUUACAGUAAUCUUCCACAGAAAAUAGCUCCUUCUCUACCAAAAUCUAUUCCAGGAGAGGUUCAAGGCGAAGAAUUCGGUAAACUAUUUGGAAUCUUAUUACCAAGUUCUUUAACAUUAAAUGAAAAUGGUUACAGCUUGAAACCCAAAAGGAGAUCAUCAGAAGCUAGAUCCCCUCCUCAAGUCAAACAGCUGCUUGACGAACCAGAGAUUGUUACAAAUAUAGACACAGAGUUUGAAUACCUAAUCAAUGUGGCAUGUCUGAGUGACAAGAGGAAACGACAGUACUAUGAAACUUUUUAA